AUGAGACAUGAGGUUGGUGACACUCGAAAACUCUACCAACUUAUCGGUCAAGUUAGCGGUAAGCCCUCUGCACUGAGCAACUCUGUUCGCGAAGUGAACGGUGGUUUUAUUGCCGACAACUCAGCCAAAGUCGAGCGCUGGCGUGAACACUUUGAGCACCAUCUCAACUUCGAUACCCAACCUACCUCGCCCUUGCUCUCCUCUACAGCGGAGUUUCUUCCCUCUCCCACCUGUGCAGUGCCAUGCGACCUGCCCUCUGAAGGAGAAGUCGUCGAUGCCAUACGUAAGUUAUGCAAAAAAAGGCAUCCGGGGAGGACGGGAUACCCGCUGAAAUCUUCAAGUCGUGUGUCGACACUCUGGCGCCCUGGCUCCAUGAGGUGAUUGAACGAGCGUGGAGAGACGAGGUUGUUCCUGAUGACUGGGGCUUAGGCAUCCUUGUACCUAUCCUCAAGAAGGGAGAUAAGACGAGAUGCGAGAACUACCGCGGCAUAAGUCUCAUCGAUGUUGCUGCUAAGAUCUUCGCUAUUGUCCUACUCAGGCGAUUCCAGGCUGUGCGUGACUCAUGGACGAGGCCCAACCAAGCCGGAUUUCGUGCUGGACGUGGAUGCGCAGGCCAGAUAUUCACACUGAGACGCAUUCACGAAUUUCACCAUUGCUACCAGCAACCGACGGCCGUCUGCUUAAUUGAAUUUGCCGCCGCGUUCGAUUUCGUUCAUCGUGAGUCCCUGUGACGUAUAAUGGCGCUAGAUGGUGUACCGGAAAAAAUAAUCACCAUGAUCAAGGCCUAUUAUCGCUCCACUAUUGCAUGAGUCCUGGUCUGCAACAAUCUUUCCCAACCGUUUGUUAUUCGGUCUGGCGUUUGACAAGGUUGUAUCCUGUCGCCCAUUCUGUUCAACUAUGCUAUUGACUGGAUCCUCGGGAGGGCCCAACACGAGGGUGACGGCGUUGAGUUUGCACCCGGACACCGACUGACUGAUCUUGACUAUGCCGAUGAUAUUGUCUUACUUGCUUCAAGUUUUGGUGAUCUGCAGUCUAUGGUGUCACGGGUGAACGAGGUCGCUAAAUCGGUCGCUUUAUCCAUAAACGCUGAGAAAACUAAAGUGUUUUCGAACUGCAUCCCUGACCAGGAGAAGGCACCCCUCGAGAUUGAUGGCUGUCAACUUCAAGAAGUAGACAGUCUUAAAUACCUCGGGGCGAGGCUGCUGCCUAAUGGACAGAAUAAGGACGACAUUUUCUCCCGAAUUGAUGCUGCCAGCUGGGUUUUCCCAAGCCUUCAGAAAAGCCUAUGGAUCCGACGUGACCUCACCAUCGCCACGAAGAUUCGCGUGUACCGUGCAUCUGUCCGGUCUGUCCUUCUCUACGGUUGCGAAUGCUGGGCCUUGCGCGUGGAGGACGAGCGAAAACUGGGGGUAUUUGACCACCACUGCUUGAGGACCAUCCUUCGAGUUAAAUUCACUGACUUCGUCUCAAAUGAGACAGUCCGCGCUCGCUGCGACAACAUCGCAAGUAUAACUCAGGCCAUCCGAGAAAGACGACUGAGGUGGUUCGGGCAUGUUCUUCGUCGUCCACCUCAGGAGCUCAGUGUUACUGCCCUCGAUCCGGCACUGUUGCCAUAUUGGAGGCGUCGAAGAGGGGGUCAGUUCAAAACCUGGCUCGACACAGUCCGUCAAGACAUGGAGGGACCUCUUGGACCUUCGGUAUUCGGUCUCCGUCGUGGGCGAAGGGAAUGGGUUGAGCUGUCCAGAUCUGCCACCGCGGACAGUCACGCGUGGAGAGGUACAGUUCUUGACAUCAUUGAGGCCGGUUAG